UUCCCAGCGGUGACCCGGAUGUUCGUGUUGUUCUUUAUGGUUCGGUGACGCAGCGAGCUGAAGUCCAGCGACCGUCUGAAAACAUAGUUCGUCUCUUCUUCUCUGCCCUUUGACAAAGAUGUCCAGACUCCGCGGUCUGAAGGCUUUCAUCAACCAUCGGCUAACUGCGGCUGUCGAAGACAUUUUGGGACACUUUGAGAGGACGAUAACCGAGUAUGAGGAGGAGAUGGACUGUCGGCACAGAGAGCUGCUUCGCGCGGCUUCCGCAACUCAAAUGAAGCUCCACGUGCAGUCAGACGUCAAGCAGCCUUUGGAGACUGAAGAGGAGCAGGAGUGGAACUCCAGUCUAGACAAGGAACACCCAGAACUCCCCCACAUUAAAGAGGAACAGGAGGACCUCUGGACCAGUCAGGCGGGAGAACCGCUUCAAGGGCUGGAGGAGGCUGGUAUCACCAUAUUCACCUUCACACCUGUUAAGAGUAAAGAAGAGGAGGUUCAGUCCUCACAGCUUCAUCAGAGACAAACUGAACAGAUGAAGACAGAAGGUGAUGGAGAAGAGUGUAGAGGACCAGACUCCGGUCCAGUGACUGUAGAGAAGACCGGAGACUCUUCUGAACCUCAGACUAAUCUGUGUGAUGAUACCAGCAAACAUCAGUCCAGUUUAUACUCUCUAAAUAAAGGUGACGUUCCUGUAGACAACGUGGAAUUUAAUGAAUCCAAAAAAUCUUUCAUCUGCUGUGAAUGUGGCCGGACGUUCUGUCGCAAAGACAGCCUACUGCGACAUAUGCGAUUUCACACGGGAGAGAAACCAUAUGGCUGCUCCGCAUGCGGCAAAGGCUUCUCGCAGAGGCCGAACUUGAUCCGCCACAUGAGGUGUCACUCCGGGGAGAAACCGUUCCGCUGCUCCUUCUGUGACGCCAGUUUUGCAGUGCGCAGCGGCCUGAUGAAUCACUUGAGGAUCCACACGGGGGAAAAGCCGUUCAGCUGUCUUUACUGCGACAAGAGCUUCACCCAGAAGGGAGGUCUGAAGAAGCACAUGACAGUCCACACGGGAGAGAAACCCUUCGGCUGUCCGGUGUGUGACAAAACCUUUUCUCAGAAAGCCAACCUGACAUACCACUUCUCGCUACACACGGGCCAGAAGCAGUUCAGCUGCGGUGUCUGCGACAAAAGGUUCACGUGGCAGUCGCAGGUCAGGAGUCACAAGUGUGUCGGCUUGGCCAUCGGUAACUGAAGCCGUGGACAGGGAUCGAUGCCUUACCUAAUGUUACUUGGUGACCCCUGCUCACACCGACCAUUUCUGUUGUCAAGAUAUAUUUUUCUCCUCUAUUUAACAAAAGUGCAUGAGGCGUUCUCCCUUUGUCGUAAAAAACGCCACUGACUUCAGGGAGACUGCGAAGACGGGUACGUGGUACUCAUGGCGCUACCACCUACGUGAUGAUUCCCACGGUAAUCGUCUCUGCAAAGUCCUCCAACUGAGCCUUUUUUGCGGAUAUGCUGACACAUCUUUCUAUGAUACUACUAAAUGUGUAUUCAAUAAAUGUCUGUGAUCACCA